AUGAAAUUUUAUAUAAUUUUAAGUUUAGUAGCAGCAACAUUAGCUGGAUCUUGCGGUUAAACAUGUUGUUAAGAUCUAAAGACGAGAUCAGCAAUGACAUAUCAUUACUAUAUAAAUACAGGUAGAUUUGUUGGUGGUAGUGGUGACUCUGCAAUUAAAACAUUUGGAUAUUCAGGAUCUGGACAAGUAAUUAAAUGUAAUAUUAAAAAUACAGUAUCGUAAUGAUCCAGCAUCAUAAUGCAUUAAGAACAAAGGUCCUGCUCCAGCUACAACUUAUAAAAUAACUUUAUGCAAAAAUACAAUGCAUAGUCCUCCUGUUGACAGACCAUGUUCAUUUUGGAUUGAAGCAGUAGAUGAAUCAAAGAUGUGUGGUAGAAGUGAAAUCUUUAUUCACGGUUGUUAAUGUUGUACGAAUGGAGAUUGGACACAACCACCUGUUGAUGGAUGUUCAGCUGGGUAUAUUUAUAUUUGAUUACAUCAUAUAGAUGCGUCAUUAUUAAUGAAGCUAAUAGAAAGAAAUUAAGAGUUGGUGAUACUAUCGUUAUUGAAAGCUAUGAUCCUUUAGGUGAGGAAGCUAAAUUCUUAGAAGGCUAUACUUAGUUUGUUGAAGAACAAUGAAGUAUUUCUUAUAACAUUUAACAUAUUGUUG